AGGAAAGCAAGGGAGAACCUCAAAUCAACCUCCUGACCUCCACAGAUAAGAAUCAUAUUACUUAAAGAAGAACUUGCAUUUUAAAAUACGAGCCUGAAAAAACUCAGUAUUUCUUAAGCAGAGGUCUGCUUGAGUUCUGCUUUAAAAGAAUCUUAGAAAAACUAGAUUUAGCUAGCAUCAAAAGCUUUUUAUUUUUCUCCACUUGAGAUGUUUUUUUCUUUUUUUGGGGGGGUAUGCUUAUUGGAUUUUUGACCUAUUCUAACUCCUUAUGAAUCUCAACAUUUUGGAUAACUUUGCCAGGUACAACUUCUUUUCCAGGCUGACCUGACCUGGAUACCCACCAUGCACAACAGCACUGAGGAAAUUCCUCAUGCGGCUGCGACGAGUAACGAGACUUGGACCACCCAGUCGCCGAGCUCCAAGUUCUCACUGGGUAUCCUGAUGCUGCUGGCUCUUCUCAUGGUGCUGCUGUGUCUGGUGACCAUCCUUGGAAACAUCCUGGUGAUCCUUGCUUUUGUUAUGGACAGGAAUCUCAGGCAUCGGAGUAACUACUUCUUUCUGAAUCUUGCUGUUUCUGACUUUGCAGUGGGUGUGUUCUGUAUGCCGCUGUACAUCCCUUAUGCCCUGACAGGGACAUGGCACUUGGGAAGAAGCCUGUGCAAGUUCUGGCUGGUCAUGGACUAUCUUGUGUGCACAGCUUCAGUGUUUAACAUUGUCCUUAUCAGCUAUGACCGUUUCCUGUCAGUUACAAAAGCUGUAUCAUACAGAGCCCGGCGAGGAAUAAUGUCCAACCCUGCCAUCAAGAUGGUGGCCAUCUGGGUCUUAGCAUUCCUCCUGUACUGCCCAGCCAUCCUGUUUUGGGAGCACGUGGCCGGACACAGCGUGGUAGCGGUGGAUCAGUGCUACGCCGAGUUCCUCAACAACUGGUACUUCCUCCUGUGUGCAUCCACCCUGGAGUUCUUUGUGCCACUGCUCUUGGUGACCUACUUCAACAUGCACAUCUUCCACAACAUCCAGAGGCGCCAGCGGCGUGGCAGCGUGCAGGACUGUGACUCUGCAAGGAGCAGCAGCCUGUCCUGGAGGUUUUGUGGCUUGUCGAGGCCAGGGGCAUCAUCUCCUUCAUCAGAAGCAGAGGACAGUGUUUCAUCACUAACGAGAUCAUGGAGACCAGCAGCGCUGGCUAAUGGUCCAUCUCGAACAGAAACCAGUUCUACGGCUCUCAAAAGGAACUUUUCUGCUUCUUUCUGUUCAAAGACUGGAUCAAAACUGCAGCGGGACAAGAAAAUAGCCAAGUCUCUUGCCAUAAUUGUCUGUGUGUUUGCCAUUUGCUGGGCCCCAUACUCUUUAUUAAUGAUUAUUCGUGGGGCCUGCCAAGGAAAGUGCAUCCAUAACUCUCUGUAUGAAGUAACUUUUUGGCUUUUGUGGCUCAAUUCCUCUUUGAACCCAUUUCUUUAUCCUCUCUGUCAUAUGAGGUUUCGUAUGGCUUUUCUGAAGAUAUUAUGUCCCAAAAGGUUUGCAACAUUGAGAUCUGGUAACAUGCCUUCUUUAUAGAGAGGUGAAAGAAAUGUCUUACAAAUAAGGUUCCUCUGUUAUUUAGUGAUACAUUUUCAUACAUAUUAUUGGCAUAAAUAGAGGAAAAAUCAAUUUGUUUACUAAUGACAUUGUUUGAGAGUACAGCAGAGUUAUGCAUUGCUAAUUUUCAGGAUCUCAUUUUUGGUUUUGCUGGUAUGAUGCCAGGUUAAUUACUGUCUAGUGCAUUGAAAAGAAUAACAAGCUUUGCUGGAUAUCCUCUUGGUUUGUGAGUGUGAGGUAUAUUUUUUUUCCUUGUCUUUUUUUUUUUCUUUCCUUUGUUUAAUACAUAGAGCUGGCACUGUGAAGAACUCUGCUAUUGCUACCUCCAUAGAGAGUCACUGGAGGGAGAUACCUAUUCUUAUAUGUGUUCAAGUAAAAUUUAUGUCCUAUUUAUGAAUCUAAAACUAUCAUUGAAGAAGCAAUUCUGUUACAUUUUUAAAGAUUAUAAAAAUACUCACAGAAGCAGUAUAUUUUCAUUUUAUAAACUAUUAUGAGGACAAGAGAGUGCCCUCUCCCUGUUAUAAUCCUCACAGUGAGCAAUAUGCAAGUGAAUGGGCUGCCUAACCUGCCAGUUCUAUCCUUUUCACAUUUUAAUGAGGUGUUGCAGGACAAAGUACAUGUAAGUUAGUAAUUCUGGAUGAUUUUCAAAGAAUGAUUUUUUCCAUGCUAAGAGAAUUUUGACAUUGGUUAUCAAAAUGGUCAGACAUAAAUGGUAGUUAUUCUUUUCACCUGUACUGUUUUUUCACCUGACAGUGGCUGCCUCUUCAGUCAUGUUUAAAUGAUAUUUAGUGCCAAAUCUGUGCACUAUGUGAUUGCCCAAAAGAUAGGCCGGGC